AUUAUUACGAAUGUUGGAAGACAUGACAUGGAUGGGUUCAAGAUCCUUGAGAUUGUUCGUCAAGGAAUCGACAUUCCUGUUGUUAUGGUGUCAGCAAACGAGCAAUUGGAGAUGGUGAAGAGGGGUGUUAUGGAGGGAGCUGAGGCCUAUUUACUGAAACCAGUUAGCUUCCAAGAAUUGAGGAAUAUUUGGCAACACGUCUUGCGGAAAAGAUGUCGGAAAAGACCAAACCCUGAUGUUAUGGAACAAGAACAAGAACAAGAACAACACAAACCCAUUAUCUCUCAUGAAAGGGUCACAGUAAUCGACAAGGAAGAUGAUGCGAUUGAUAAGAACAUGAAUAUAGAUUCCAAUCACUUUGAUUCAUGUUCAUCUUCUAAGAAGAAGCCUCGAGUUUCUUGGACAAAGGAAUUGCAUGAAAGAUUUGUUGUAGCUUAUGAGCAAUUGGGAGAAAAGGAGAGAGUCCCAAAUAACAUAUUGAAGCUCAUGAACGAUCCACGUUUAUCACGAGAAAACGUGGCCAGUCAUCUUCAGAAACACAGAGAUAUGCUGAGGAAGAAGGCAACCGGAGCAGGAAAAUUGGUUGGCAAGAAGAACUGCUACGAUAGAAAUUCAAUUAAGGCGUCAAAAAUCCAGAAUUCGAUGAGCCAAAGAAACAAUGUUUCAACAAUUGACCAAUUUCAGUUCUCCAAUCUGGGAAGAUCAUCAAUGGAAGAACUUGAAGGAAGUAAAAAUUACUAUCCGGUGCCUGAAUUCAAAUGGUUCAAUAAUUUUGCAUCCAAUAAUUUGAUGUCAAAACCAUGUGACCAAUACUUAGGAUUCGGUCCAAGUAACAACAUGAAUUCAAAUUACCCUCAAAGUUUUGGAAAUUGCCCGAUGGAUAAUAUGGGAGAAAUUCCAGAAGCAUCAGGGCAUCUUGGCUGGGGAUUUCCCAACAAUAACACUACUUCGGGACAAUGUUCUCAAAUGCAAUUGGUUAAGGGAAAUUCCCACGUCAGCUUAUUAAUGGAUGACGAACUCGGUGAUAUUUUCAAACAGUUUCAAAGUGAAGAAGCUUUCUAG